AGUGGCAGUUUGGGCGGCUUGUGGGCGUUCGAGCGUGCGUGGCAACAAUCUUGUGCUGCGUCUAUGUCUCUAUAGUCUGGUUGCUGAAUUUUAACUUUCCAGCUUUUAUAGUUCCUGAGAUCUCGACGUUCAUGCGGGCGGACGGACGGACAGACGGACAUAUACUCCUUUACUGUACGAGUAACGCGUACAAAAUAAUAUUUAAGUUUUGUCUUUCGUAUGUAUUAAUGUAUGUAAGCUCCCACUUAAAUGCCCACAAGGGUACAUACCGUCAAAAUCUUUCUGGCAUAUAUAAAACACCUAAAAUUGCCUAAUAAGUUAAGUUAAACAAAACAAUUUAACUAGCAAAUACAAGCAGUACAUGGAUUCCUGCCUAUUCCUAUUUCUUUUCACAAAGACCUUUUAGUUUAAGUAUAUUGGGUUAUCUGAUUUUUUCCACAAUUUUGGACAUGAAUGUGUAUAGGUUUCCGUCUAUAAAUCUUACUUUCUUCGUAUUAUCCAAGUUUGGUCAAUCGAACCGCUCUACCUAUUUGUAUUUAGCAUAUAAAUAUAUUCGGCGUUGACAAUGGCGAUAUCAAAUGAUUAUUUAAAUUUAAACGCAACGUUGGUCGCCAAGUUAGAUAAGAUCCCGGACUAUUCAUGUAGUGCAUAUGCGCAUACGAAUCUGAGGUUUGGCAACCGCCCAAUGUGAUACGUUACAUAUUCGAAGUUGUGAAGUCAAUAAUAGAUUCAACCGUUUUAUGGUAGUGCCUAAUAAUUUUGUCUUUCUGUGGGAAAACGAUGCUCUGUUGGAUAGAUAUAAAAACAUACAAAUUGGAAAGGCAGGGCAUCAGUCGACCCUAGCAACUCUGACAGUUCAAAGUAAAAAUGAAGCAGUUCGUCGUUCUAAUGUGCCUGGUGGCCCUCACCGCAGCAGCUCCCCAGGGAUACAAGUACCAACCUCAGCUACCAGCCCUUCCCAUAGGGAAUCUCCGUCCUCAGACACCUAUUUCAUCAAGUGGAAUAUACGCAAGUGCCGCCGUCCCAACUAUCGCACAGCUCGGUGUUCAGGCCGCGAUCGGUGUCCAGGCUCAGCAGCCCGCCAUUCAAGCCGUGCAGACCUUCCCCGCUCCUGCUUCUGCUUCCGCUCCUUUGCCGAUUAUUACUCCGCCCCAGCAUCUGAUAAGCACUGUGCAGCAGCAGCCUCAGCAAAUCGUGUACCAGCAGCCGCAGCAAGCCCUUCAGACCCAGUUCGUCCAGCGCCCCGCGAUCGUCACCAAGGACAUUUACAUCCACUCUGCCCCCGAGGAGAAUGAGGAACUACGCCAGGACGAGCCACAACUGGAAAAUGUGCCCAUCCGCAAGAACUACCGGAUCGUCUUCAUAAAGGCGCCGACUCAGAAUCUAAAAUACACCGCCGCGGCUCUGAAGCGGGCCCAGUCAAGCAACGAGGAAAAGACCGUCAUCUACGUGCUUUCUAAAAAGCCCGAUCUCACCGAGAUUCAGCAGCAGCUGCAGGUCACCCAGUCUGAGGCUAAGGUUCAAAAGCCCGAGGUCUACUUCAUUAAGUACAAGACUCAGGAAGAGGCCCAGCGCGCACAGCAGGAGAUCCAGGCUCAGUACGACGCCCUGGGCGGCGCCACUCACAUUUCGGACGAGGGAGUGGCCCCCAUCGCUAGCGUUUCGAGUGGCUCCCUCAACCUGGGCAGCUUUGCGUCCCAGCACUCCCAGGGUGGCCAAACCACCAUCCAGCCCCAUGGUCAGCCUAUUGUUCAGCUGCAAUCCCUUAACCAAGGGGUCCAGCAGCAGAGCUCCUUUGUACAGCAGCCCACUGCUGCCAUCAUCGCUCCCUCUCUGCCAUCAAGGAAGUAUGUUCCGGCGAAGACUUUUUAAUAAUUUAUGUUGUACCAUUCCCAUCGCUUCUAUUGUUUUAUAUCAAUCACCAUUAUUUAGUAAAUUGUAAUUUAUUUUUGUAAAUGCAAAAGUCGAAAAAGAUAAAAAGAUUUUAGCCGAAUCCCGAAAA